AUGCUCUCCUCACCUACUGUGAUCAUCCAGCCUUAUGGACUGCCUGUCUAUCCACAGACAACCUCAUGCUAUCCUAGCAUAGUUCAGGGAGGGCCUGCCCAGGAGGCCGGCCCAGGCAGUGGCGACCCUGCCCUGCCCCAGGUCUACGCCCCACCUCCGUCCUACCCCCCACCAGGUCAAGGUCCACCAACAUCUGCAGGCAGACUCCCACCUCUAGAUUUUAGCCCCGCCCAUCCCAGUUCAGAGUACCCAGAGCACCCCCAGCUCAGAGUUUAUCAGGGCCCACAGCACGAGGGGGCGGAGACUCUGGCAUCCAAUACCACGGAGGAUGCCCUGGCCCCUGUGACCUCUGACCCUCAGUCUCUGAGUGUAUCAGUGCCAUCAGGUGGUGGAGCAGGAAGUGCCAGUGAGGAGGAGGGGUCCGGCAAGGCCCAGCCGAAACGCCUCCAUGUCUCCAACAUCCCUUUCCGCUUCAGAGACCCAGACCUCAGGCAGAUGUUUGGGCAAUUUGGCAAGAUUCUGGAUGUAGAAAUCAUCUUCAAUGAGCGCGGGUCCAAGGGCUUUGGGUUUGUGACCUUUGAGAGCGCGAUGGAGGCGGACCGAGCGAGGGAAAAACUGAACGGGACAAUUGUAGAGGGGAGGAAGAUUGAGGUUAAUAACGCCACCGCUAGAGUAGUUACCAAGAAGCCCCAGACGCCUCUUGUGAAUGGUGAGGUUUCAACUUCUGCCUGGAAGAUCAACCCUGUCAUGGGGGCUAUGUACGCACCUGAGCUCUACACAGUUGCCAGCUUCCCGUACCCCGUAGCGACUCCCACCUUGGCCUACCGGGGCUCUGCGCUGCGUGGCCGAGGCCGAGCUGUCUACAACACGAUUCGCUCUGCUGCUGCCACGCCCGCCGCUGUCCCUGCCUACCCCGGAGUGGUGUAUCAAGAUGGGUUAUACGGAGCAGAAGUCUAUGGUGGUUAUCCUACAGCUUACAGAGUGGCUCAGUCAGCGUCUGCAGCCACAGCGGCCUACAGUGAUGGAUAUGGACGGGUUUAUGCCACAGCUACAGACCCCUAUCACCACUCAGUUGGACCAACAACAACAUAUGGAGUUGGUACAAUGGCCAGUUUGUACAGAGGAGGAUACAACCGCUUCACUCCUUACUGAUCCAGCCGGGGGGAGCACACAUGUCUCUCUUUAACUCUGGGACUGGCUGAUCCGUGGACGCUGCAGGACGAUCCUCCAGCUUUGGAAACAUGGAAAAAGGUGUUAACCUCCUGUCUCCUCCUGUCCAGCCUGUCUUUGAGAGACUAAACAGACUGUACAUGUAAAUACUGUAGCAUCCAUUUACUAGUCAUUCUGCUAAGGAAUACUCAGUACAUGGAAGAGGAUGUUAUCUAAUUUAUAGGCAGUUGCUUAAAACUUUCAUUUGACUGUUGUUUGCAAAAUUUAAUGCGCAUUGCCGUGGCCUUAAAAGCUCUUUUCCAGGAAAGUUUUGUCGGUAAACGGCUGAUACUGUGUAAGAAAGACAAGUUGUUGGCUGAGACUGGUUAAGGUGCAAAAUACUGUGAGAGAUUUUUGUGAUUAAUAUCUGAGAUUUUCAAGUUUCACGGGUCAAACUGUACAACAAAAGAACAUUUUGUACAAUGUUAAAGGACUUAUUUUUGAUGAUAUGAGCUUUUGUUAAGGAAUUACUGUAGCUCUAUCUUUGUGUAUGUGUGUGUAUGUGCGUGCGUGUGUGAGGGUGAGAGUACACAUUACUCAAUUAGAGAGACAGCUUUGACACUGGUACUAUUAUUAUUAUUAUUGUUAUAAUUAUUAUUAUUAUUAUCAUUAUUAUUAUUAUUCAUUGCUGGUUCAAAUGUGACAAAUCUGGAGCUGAAGUCUGUCUGGAUGUAGUUGGACUUUCAUUUAUUUUUGCUUUUCUCACAAUCUACCUCUCUGACAUUUUUAACUUUUCAUACUUCAUUAUUAGGCCUGUAUCAUUUUCUGUACAUUUGAUACAAAUAACUGGUUCUGUAAAGCCACCUUUUCUUUUCUCCUCCUCUUUUCUGUCCAUUUAACCUAACUAACGUAGUCGAUCUUCCUGUUUUCACGGUUCUGUAAAUAACUGUCUCAUGAGCCUCUUGCUACUGUUGUUGCUUUCUGUUUUUUUCUCUUGUCUGCCAAAUGAGAUAAAGCAAAAUUAUCGAGGACAGAGGUUUGGCUGAGCUCUUUUCUCCCCUGCUUCAAAUUAAUGCAGGUAACAAAAUAUUAAUGUAUGGGAACUGCAGCAGAAAAAAACCUUCCUGCUUUCUCACUGGAUGAAUUGCAGAUUAAGGGCCUUUGCUGGGGUUACUCCAUAUUGCACAAACUGUUUAUUAUACAGUGCGUAAAAACUUUGCUUUAUCUCAUCAUGCAUAGUUUAAUUUCUGACUUUUCUUUCCUUCCUCACUCCGAACUGUUGAGUGUCUCCUUGUCUAUCCAUAGUAUUAAUGAGUUCUUGUAGGCCAUUUUCUUAUUUCUGCUGCACUCUUCACUGCUGUAUUUAUUAAAUCUAAUCAUUUUACAGUC